UCUCGCGAGAACCCAACGACUUCACACGGGCGAGAGGGAGAUGGGGAGAAAUGAGGUCUGAAAAGGACCAAACGACAGCGGGCAAGGAGAAAAGCGUCGUCGAGAUACAGUUCAGAGACCUUCAAAGGGACCAGGAAAACAUCCCCGGUAACCUCAAGCUGAAAGAAGAGAAGAAAGAGGUUUUUACGAAGGUGGUGAUUCGAAGGCUUCCGCCCAACCUGUCAAAGGACCUGCUUGAAGAACAGCUCAGCCCUCUUCCAUCUUACGACUAUUUUGAGUUCUUUCCUGCUGAUCAAAGUCUCUAUCCACAUCUCUUCUGCAGAGCUUACAUCAAUUUUAAAAACCCUGAAGACAUCCUGCUGUUUAGGGACCGGUUUGAUGGUUAUGUCUUCAUCGAUAACAAGGGCCAGGAGUAUCCUGCCGUGGUGGAGUUUGCCCCCUUUCAGAAAAUUUCUAAGAAGAAGCUGAAGAAGAAAGAUGCAAAAGCAGGGAGCAUCGAAGAAGACCCAGAGUACAGGAGGUUCCUGGAGAAUUACUCCUGUGAUGAAGAGAAGUCUAUGGCCAACCCAGAAACUCUGCUGGGAGAGAUUGAGGCCAAGACCAGAGAGCUCAUAGCCAAACGGACAACACCGCUGUUGGAGUACAUCAAAAAUAAGAAGAUUGAGAAACAGAGAAUAAGAGAGGAGAAGAGAGAGGAGCGGCGAAGAAGGGAGCUUGAGAAGAAACGACAGAGAGAAGAGGAAAAGAGAAAGCGAAGAGAGGAGGAGAGGCGCAAACGGAAGGAGGCAGAGAAGCAGAAGAAGUUGUCUGACAAAGAUAUCAAAAUAAAGCUCCUGAAGAAGAGUGACAGGGACGAUGACGUGGAUUCAGACCGGAUGAAGGACAAAAGUGACAUCGGGGAGACAGACAGAGGAAAGUGGGAGAAAUCUGGGGGACAAAUGAAGUCAAAGGACCAAAAAGAAAAAGGGCAGCCAGAGAGCGACAAGGAGCAGAGAGAGCAGCAUGGUCGCAGACAGAGAGACAAGGAUCACCGUGGAAAAGACGAGGAGAGGAAGCGACAGCGACACCACUAUGAGUUUGACAAGUUCAUGCGACGCAAAGAUGAAACUAAAUGGGGGAAAGGCUACUGCCAGGACAGGGCUAAGAAAGAGGGACACCAUCAUGGAUACUCAUACUGUCCUGACAGUGGAGAUAAACUUGGAAAGGAGGAUAGGGACGACAACAGGAAGGAACGCCUCCGAAACAAGGUGAGCGAGAAGGACCGUCCGGCCAUGCAGCUCUACCAGCCGGGCGCUCGCAACAGAAAGCGCAUGAGCUCAGCAGGAAAAGGCUACGACUGCAUUCCUGUGGGCCACUCACCAGAACCGGGGCCCGAGCAUUGUUUUGAUGUUGUGACUAUGGCGACAGGGUUGGAGAAGGGGUUCGAGAAAGGCAAAGAUGAACAGUGAGCAUCCUGGACUUUGGUGUGAUUUACAAAUAACUUAUAGAAGUUUAUGGUGGCAGGUUUGAGUGGUUAUCUACCAACUUUUAAAAACAAAUCUCUACUGAGGGAGAAAAACACUUCAAAACACUCUUUUUUUAUGGGUUUUAGGGGAAGUUCAAUUCAGAGCUUUGAAUGUCAGUGAACAAUGUUGUUUUUGCAGGAGCAUGAAUAUAGCACACAAUAGAUUCUUUAAGUUUUAGUGUGUUUAGCAAUAUUCAAGAUGAGUAUCAUGUUACAUCCUUGAAAUGAACUAACCAAGUAGUUACCUGAGAGACAGCUCCACUGUAUUUCUCAUGGUAAUAUGUUAUAUUUGAUGAUCUGUUUUGAUUACAUCAAACCUUUAUCAUGUGAUAAAGUUCAGUAUAAUUCCUCUUACUUAAUGUGUUUUGGAGUUUAUCCCUGUAAGAGAUAGCUUGUUCUUCGUAUCCAUCAAAUGACCCUCUUACUAAGCCUCUUUGUGGACUCUGAAACUCGAUGUUUGUAAUAAUUUCAUAGAUUUUAUGAAGAUGAAAAUAUAUGGUAAGUGUAACUUACAAACAAUGGAUGUAGAACCUGAAACAGGGGUGUGUAUUUUUGUGUAUAAAGGUGAGAGAAGGAACGGGGUGACACAUUAUUGACAAAGGGGGAACUGUCAGUGUCACUUUUUAAAUGUGGUCCCACUUUAAAGGAGUCAUAUAACAGGGACGAUGCUUUGUACAUGAUCACCUACGAGUCAAGAAGAACACAUUCUUAAAGUUUGUAUUAAUUAUUUCCUAGAAAUGUUAAAUAUCAACACAGAAUAUUUAAAACCAUUCAUUUUCUAUGCUGUGUGCAUGGUAUUAACCUGUCAAUCAAAAGUGAUAGAAAAGUCAGAGAUAUUUAUGAAGUAAUAUAGUGUCUUUAUCAAGCCUUACAUAUUAUUUUUGGACAUGACUUAACAUUUGUCUAUCAAACCUCUUGUAUCUGUUUUCCUUUGAAUUGUAAGAAAUAAAGCUCUCCUUGUGUUA